AUAAAACGAGGCACAUCUUCGCUAACUGUAUUCUGCAAACAACUGAACGAAGAGUGCCUGCCUUGUACAAAAUAAACAGAAUCACAUUAACCCAACAUGACUUCUUUAACGUUAACAUUGCUGACAGCGCUAAUAGCGCUGGCGUCGUGUGGCCGCCUCGAACCACAAUACCUGCCUCCGAGGCUGGGAGGUGGUAACGGGGGACUGGGAGGAGCUGGAGGAUCUGGCGGGGGAGGCGGAGGAAACGCAGGACUUGGAGGAGGAUCUUUUGGCGGCGGAAGCAGCAGUUUCGGAGGCAGUUCAGGCGGAUCAGGAGCAAACAUACCUAUCCUUCGAUAUGAGAACGAAAACAACGGAGAUGGCACAUAUAAGUUCAGCUAUGAAACUGGCAAUGGCAUAUCAGCCCAAGAGAGCGGUGCUCCACGUGCUCCCGGCCCCGAGGGUCCAGCGGUAACUGCAGAAGGCGCCUUCUCCUACCGCACUCCUGAUGGCCAACAAAUUUCCCUGACAUACACCGCCGACGAGAACGGCUUCCAUCCUGUUGGUGCCCACCUUCCCACUCCUCCCCCCAUUCCUGAUGCCAUCCUGCAGUCACUUGAGUUCAACAGACGCAACCCAUCUUCUGGAGAGGGAUCUUACAAUGAAGGAUCAUACGGUGGAUCGGGCAGCGGCAGCGGCAGCGGUGGUGGCAGUGGUGGUGGAAGCAGCAGUGGCAGAUUUGGCGGCGGUGGUGGCGCUGGCUCAGGAGGCAGUGGCGCAGGGGGCUAUCACUAUUGAUCUCAUUCAAUCACGAUUACACUAAGAAUCGCUGCUGAACCGUUGUUGAAAUGUGGCUUGUAUUCGGAAUUUAGUUUUAAGGUUCUAUACAACCGCAAAUACUUCAUAACCUCUAACAUCUUUAGGAAAAUUGUUAGGUAACUUCAAUAGUCACUUAUACAUUCCAAACGUUCUUAUUUCUAUUUUCCUCCCAUCUAAAUUUGAUGUAGACCCUUAGUAGUCAAAUUUAACUUUCCAUCCAAACUCCCAAUCAGUUUAUCUCCAAAUCAAAACUACUAAAUCCCUCAUAUUCCUCUCCAACAUAUACUUUGAUAGGUACAAUUUAAAUUUUUAUUGUUUACAUUUUUUUAAA